UAGCCUCAGCGUGUACUCCACACAGCACCAUACUCAGUACACUGCACGCACAAUAGUAUGUAACGCUUCGCUUUCUCCGCUGUCCGGCGCUUCCACAGACCCUGUCAUACCAGCUGCGUUCGAUAGAAACGGCCCAUCUCAAAACAGGUGGCAGACGCUGAUGCCGCUCGACGUUGGAUCCUAGAACCACUUCUCGUGGCGUAACUGCACUGAUGAAGUGCGCUAGACUCUCCAAGUGGAAAGUAGAAGGUGUCAUAAAUACACCAUUUCCAACAUGUGAACAGGUUGAUUUGCUAAAUGGAAAGGCUAUUUAGCAUUUUGCAGGCAAUACAGUGAUAAGUGGAGUAAGACUAAGCCGAUUGGUGGGAAGCAGCACAGGAAAGAAGCGAGUGGCAAUACUGUGAUUACUUGCCCAUGUGACGGGAUCUGACAGGGUUGGUACUGUCACCGCUUGUGUUUACACACGGGAUCUUGCAGGGAUGUAACGUGUGUAUGAUAUCAGCAGACGUGGUGUGUUACUACGAUGUAAUGGCACCGGGUGAUGACCAACAGGUGGACAGACGGACUUACAGACACAUAGUAUGCGGAAUGACGACUUCACACUCCGCAAACUAAUGGGGCUGUGCUUACAGGCCUGUUACGACAACCCACUGUUUGAGGAGAACGAUGGAAAGGGGUGCAGGGGUAACAAGACCCCACCCCCCUCCGCCGCGGACCAGAAGGCUCAGGCUGCACGUGCCAAGGACUAUAUGCACUGCCGACCUCCUCAGCCUCACGAACAGAUCACCUUCAAAUCACCCAAAUCUAGCCGACGACGUCACAUAUGGAUUAUCGCCUUCGUCAUCCUCGCUGUCGCCAUCGUCGCUGUCGUCGUUGGGCUGCUUGUCCAUUUCCUCAAGGAGGAUAAGACGUCACAGCCAAUUCGCUCCACUUCCUCUCCUGUGAUAUACAGAUCUGAUAAGUUAAAAGGCAGCCUUCGGAUAGUGGAUGGACCUUUUUCGAAAUACAGGAAUGCGUAUCAGGACGUUCGAACCGACGCCUUUUUAGAUUUAAAAGGAUCCUUUAGGUAUCUGAUGAUGGGUGUCUUCCGGGACAGUGAUUUGAGAGAUGUGUAUAAUGAUACGGAUAUAUUACAAAUAAGACACGGUAGUGUAAUUAUUAGUUUUGUACUCGACUUCAAGACAUCAUUAGGUAUAACACGUGACACAGUAGAUCACGUGACCAGUAUAAUACAUACAGGCUUGGAAGGUUCCAUAUUCAAAAUAGAUCCGUCUUCGCUGAAGAUUUAUCUCGAAGUGCCAUUAAGUACGGAAGGCCCGGCAAUUCCAGCAACAUCAUGUGAGCCGAUGCGUCUACACCCCUGCGUCAACGGGACGAACUACCAUAGCACUAUGUAUCCUAAUGCGUUUGGUGACGUCACUCAGUCCCAGGCCAUAUCACGCUACAACCACUUCAAAGACUUCUUUGACAUUCCAUGCCAUGCAUACGCAAAGGACUUCUUCUGUUCUGCUUACACUCCCGAGUGCUACCUAAAUAGACCUAUACCUCCUUGUCGCAGCUACUGUGAGGAGGUGCGGUCCCGGUGUGUGGGCGCUUACCCCGACAACAUCACAUUCCCCGUGGACUGCUCCAGGCUGCCGGAGUCCUCCAACCCCACUGUCUGCAGACCCAGUUUAUAUGAACCGGGGAAAUGUAUACCAGUGCAGGAAGAGCUCUGUGAGGACGUGGGCUACAACUACACUUCCUUCCCCAACACCGUGGGCAGCUACGGGGAGAAGGAGGUGAAGGCCAACCUCACGACGAUUAUCAAGGGAAUCCAGUUUGCCACCCACUGCUUCAAAUACGCCAGACUCUUUGUCUGCGCGGCCUUCAUCCCCAAAUGCAGUGGGACAGGUCAUGUGCCCAAUCACAUCAUCCCGCCUUGUCGCAGUCUGUGCCAAGAAUUCAAGUCACGCUGUGAGAUUUACCUGCACAUCUUCUACCUUGGAUGGCCUCCCCAUCUGAACUGUACCAAGUUCCCCGAUUCCCCGGAUGAAAACAUCUGUAUUGGAUACGACGAGGCACACGAACUGCCGGAGAAAGGAGCAUGCAGGCGGGACGAAUUCCGGUGUGACAACGGCACGUGCAUCUCCAACCUCUGGGUGUGCGACGGCUACCAAGACUGCGCUGACAACAUGGACGAACACCACUGCGCAACUUGUGCUGCCAAUGAGCAUCUGUGCUCCGGAAACAGGAUGUGCGUUAACAAGAACUCCGUAUGUGACGGCGUCACUGACUGUGUCGGCGCUGUGGAGGAGUCUGAGUGUGUUCGCCUGGGGACCCACGCCCAACAGAGGAUAGUGGAAGCCAGGGACCCGGAGACGAACCAGUGGCUCCCUGUGUGCUCGGACGGCUGGAACAUGACCUUCAGCAACAUCGUCUGUAAUCAGCUAGGCUACAGGAUCGUACACAGCACGGUGUUUAAGGCCGGCUCAAGUCGACCGGCCGUUGUCCUCCAACCACGCAACAAUAACCAGGACCCACGGAAAAUACAGAGUUAUUUCAACUGGACGUCAAGCUGCUCCAACAAUGAGCACGUCAACAUCAUGUGUGAAGAUCCAAUCUGCGGCACCCGACCGGCAGUGUACCCGAACGCGCUAAGGAUUGUGGGUGGGGACGAGGUGCGACCGGGCACCUGGCCCUGGCUUGUCUCUCUGCACGGGGGCUCUGGCCAAAAGUUCUUCUGUGGGGGCAGCGUCAUCAAUGAACUGUUCAUCCUGACUGCGGCCCACUGUAUUGGGGGAGGAGGCGUGCCGUUUCUGCAAUGGACGAUUCAAGCAGGACACACGAGAAAAGAUACCUACUCCAGAUACCGGCAGGUCAGGAAAGGACAGAAGUUCUUCACCUACCCGGGCUACAACCACUACACUGUUGAGAACGACAUCGCCAUCAUCAAGCUGGACGAACCCCUCACGUUCAGUGACUACCUGCGACCAAUCUGUCUCCCCAAACAGGGUCAGCUCAUACCCGUCGGAACCAGAUGCAUCUCCGCCGGCUGGGGCAAGUCCAGUGAUACAGCAUUGGACUAUGAGCCUGCAGCGCGCCAGGUACAGCUGGACAUCGCGGAUUGGCACAGCUGUGAGGCGGCCGUACAACGCGCAGAGACCCCGGUGCCCUACAAACUGACCGAUAAUAUGAUUUGCGCAGGUGGCUCGGAUGGAUUUGACGCUUGCGCGGGUGACAGUGGCGGUCCGUUCGUGUGCAUGAAGCCCAACACGACCAAUGUGUGGUUCCAGGCGGGGAUAGUAUCGUGGGGGAUCGGAUGCGCCAUCCCCAACGCGCCGGGAGUGUACACAGAACUACCCCUUUAUGUUAACUGGAUAAACGAGGUCAUCGCCAACAACACCGACCCGUCGUGAUGGACGUGAACUACGGGGAGAUGCUGAGGAUGGGGGGAGUGACCACCCCCACUCCAUCAGUUGAACAACUUGCUCAAACUCUAGAAUCAGAAACAUGUCCUAUAAGAAUACAGGUUGCAUUAUUGCCAUACAGAAUAACUAAUGACACUGGAGCCCCAAACAUGGAUAGCCAUGUCGGGCACGAUUCUUUUAACACCAGCAGAACUGGUAUUUCCGUGUUGUGUAUUCGAGAUGUAACUAUGACGCCAUAAUGGACUGUGUCUGUUGACAGUUAUAUUGAGCUGUGGAGAUGACAUCAUCAACACGUUAACUCAGCGGCAGUGUCUCAAGCGUGCAACAUCCCGGCGAGCGUUUCCUGAAUAUUUCAUGAACCCGGGCUAUGACGCAAAUAUUACAGCAUCGGACUAUGUAAUAGAGGCGUUUGAUGGUGUGUGACUCCACUCGCGGUUACAACCGUAAGGAGCUGUCGUUACAUGUUACAUUCUGACGUAAUGCCAAACAGCAUUCAGGUGAAAUCGUGUUGAAAGUACAUUUGGUGACAUAUAUUGGUAAUUAACAUUUCAGAGACAUUUUGCAUUUCAGUUGAUUUCUAUUCCCACAAGGCACGGGUGUGACUCUCCUGUUUCGAUGGGCAAUGGUAUAACGUGAACUCUGCGCUUGUUUGCUGUAAAUAAGUUAUUAUUUUACAUUAGACCGAGCCUGCAUUGUGGAUAGUGUCGUGGCUCCAUCAUGCGUUGGAAACAUAUUGAUUGUUUUGUACAUUUAUUUCAUGUCAGAUCAGACUGGGUAUUUCAGUCUUGGUUGCACGCACAUGCGCGGUAUGUGUUGUCGGUUGUGCCAAUGUGAGACCAUAUCGUCAUGCAUUAAUUGAAACCAAAUUACUACCUGAUAAUGAUGUGGUCCAAGACUGACCGUCGGCUGGUUGAAACAGAAUAACAUCAUAUACACUUGUUGAGACCACUUACAAAGGCUGAACAUGUGUUAAUCGGUAAUGUUCAUAGUCAUUAAUGGUGUUUCAUUUGAUGUCAUUUGAUGUCAUUUUCGAUGCAUUUAUUUUCAAAAUGUUCAAUCAUUGAUAAGCAUGUUCCACUUUUUGAAGAGACUGUUAACACAGGUGUGGUCAUAGUAGGUCAGCUAUCUCAUCUCCUGCUUGUCCAACCUACUGAUGACAUCUACGCUGCCAUGCACGGAGACCACAACACCUGUAGCAGCACACGACUUUGACCAACCCAUUUGGAAACGAGCUGUGUGUUUGUAUUGCCAGGGCUCGUUUAACAACGUUAUCUUCGCUUUAUGAUUGUGGCUAACUAUGUAAGUACUGGAGUUAUGACAGGUUAGUGUUGACAUGGCUCGCUGGAACACCGAACAAAGACUAUAAUCCCAGUUGUCAGUGUUCCUUAGAUAAUCAAGAGUCACGUGUCCUUUGCUUGAUUGAAUAAUUCGAUCUAUUUUACAAAUUUGCUGAUUCUAUCUGUUUCUAUUCAUAAGUUGUGUUCAGAAGUCAUUUUUGCAAAAAAAACUACUGAUAUUUUUGAAACAUUCUCGUAUUUCCUCUGACUCCAUUUUGAAAUUAAUUCAUUCAAGUGACUAUCACGUAGUAUUUAGCCUAGCCGGAGUCUCUCAGCUGUAUUCUCUAGAUCAUGGUAUUUCUGUUAAGUCAAAACAAUCUAUGUUCAAAUUAGCCACGAUAUCAUUCAAACUUUCUGCGGCAUGAUUUGGCGGUACUUGGGCUACAGUGACGUAUAACUACGCCAAUACCUCCACAGUUUCAUAUAGUGAGCAGUUUCAAGAACUCCUUUGACAGUUGCUGAACCAGGGUUCAUUCUAACAUGCACGUCAUAUUGUCGCCAUGCGUCAUUACCAUGAACGAGAAUGGUGAUCUUUGGGUAGUAUCUAUCUAUAUCUUCUCAAUGCCACACGAGCCAGAUAUCAUAAAAUAAACUCAAUAUAUAUCACUGUAUUCUUAAUAAUCACUUGUAGUAUAGAACUUGAAGGUUAGUGACGAUAAUAUCAACGUUCUUUGUAUCAAGCAUCAUAUGUAUCGCCUUCCAAUACACGGUCACUCUUAACUUGCGUACUACCAGUAUGCCGUAACUACCGCCAUCACCGUCAUAGAAUGACCUUGACCUUGGCUCGACACACGGGCAAGGCAAGACAUCUCUGUGUGCAACUUUUCCAACCGCAAAGCUCGCAAUUAACAUAACAUGAAAGUGAUUUCCGAGAUUAAAACUGAAAACAUACAGAGCCAUUUAAUUGAAGAACCGUACCAGCUAAACACAUACAACAAACGCCGUUCUAACGAAUUGAUAAGCUUGUACGUAAAACUCAUUCAACUGUCCAAGUGUGUUUUAUGUGCCCAGUCAUCGAUGUUGACAGUCGUGAUUUUUGUGAUUAAAGCGAGCCAUGUGACGUAAAUUCGUGAUGUUACAUUUCACAAAACGUACUCUGUGACACGAGAGCGAGGCUUGUUUUGUUCCAAACCCUGCAAUGGCAUUAUUAGGUACGGCUUUAUCGUAUACAGAGAAACCUUGCUAAUCCGGACGGCAGAGUACCCAAUGCAGUAGUCCGAAUUAACGGGGAUUCGGACUGACGACAUGUUCUCUGUACACUGACGUGAUGUGUUUCACAAGAGCCUGGGGCUCGUUCCACAAAGCGAUCUUAGCGCUAAGAUCAUCGCAAGGCUUUGUUAAAGUUUGGGAGUUAAAUAGCCUUUGCGCUAAGAUCGCUUUGAGGCACGGGACCCUGAUAACUUCUAUGUAUGUUCAGCCUUGACGGUGCCUGACAAGGGCUCCCAGGGAACACGUCACCAGUAGCCACACCCCGUGUUGUGUCAUGCAUGCUUGGUGUCCCGGCUCACAUGCCCGCCUUUAUAUAUUAUGGCGAAUCCCCUUGUGUUUUCUCUUUGCACUUUGUCAUAUUUUUAAAGUUUAUCAUGUGUCAUUAAUAUUGUUAUAACAGUUCAUAUAUUUCGUCCAUGUUACGUAGAGUAUUUGUAUUCAUUAUCAAUCAGAUUUUUAUUACCGCAUAUAUGUUUAAAUACACUAUAGAUACUUUUUCAAACAGUUUAUUUUAGAAGAUUACGUGUGAAUAAAAGCGUUGUAAUUAAUCAGUACAUUAAAAUUGCUUGAAACACAA